AUGAAGACACUUAUCGUCGCUGCCGCCUUCGCUGGCGCUGCUCUCGCACAGUCCCUUUCUGAUCUGCCGGAAUGCGGUCAACUCUGUAUCAACAACAUGCUCGGAGCCGCCUCUUCUCUGGGUUGCCCUCCUGUCAACGGCCAACCUGACGCCACCUGCCUCUGUGCCAACCCUGACUUCGGAUAUGGUGUUCGCGAUUGCGCAAACGAAGUUUGCCCUUCAGGCACUGAUACCAAUUCCAUCAUCCAAUACGGUUUGAGCUACUGUGCAGCUGCGGCCCCUGGUACAUCUGCCGGAGCACUCUCUGCAACCUCUGCUUUGACCGCUGGCGGAACCGCUACCGGCACAGCUGGUACCACUGGCAGUGGUGACAUCGGUGGUUCUUCAACUCCAAUCUCUACUGAGACUCUCUUCUCAACCCUCACCACCGAUGGCAGCACAAUCACUAGUGCAAUUGGCACGUCAACCCUCUAUAGCGCAACUGGUGCGGGGGCCACUGGUCCUUCGCCCGCAACUACCGGCGCCGAAACUUCGCCCGCAACUGCUGGCGGUGAAACUUCACCCGCAACUGCUGGCGGUGAAACUUCGCCCACAACUGCUGGCGCUGAAACUUCGCCCGCACCGACUGGCGCUGAAACUUCGCCCACAACUGCCGGCUCUGAAAAUGCCGCCAAACCCAUAAUGUCAGUUGCUGCCAACGGCCUAGUCGGUGUCGCUGGUGUCGCCGCGAUUCUGUUGUUGUGA